ACCUUUCGGCAGGGUUAUCAUCUACUGCUAAAUAAAUAUUUAAUUAACCACUGUUGACUCUUUAUCACAAACAAGUCUACUAGGGAGUAGUACUUCAUUAUUUCUGACUCCUGAAAGCCAUGGUAUUUUCCUGUCGUGAUUAUAUCUUGCGUAGAAGUAGGCAACUAUUUCUACAGGGCAGGGUUUGCAAGGAACUGGGUUUGUUUGCCUGCUGUCUUUGUCCUGUGCAGGGACACAUGGAAUAUCUGCUAAGAACUCUAUUAAUUUCAGCUGUUUAUAGGGCAAGGGUAUUUAGCUGCAGAAUUGAAGUUUUUGGUUAAGGUGGCUGUGCCUUUGUGUUAACUCUGUCACAAACUUCCUUCUCUCGACAAAUAGCUUUAAAAAGGGAGUUAAGAAAUAUCUCAAUGGAGAAUGUAUUGUUUUGUUUUCUCAGUUUAGGAGCUUAAACAAAGAAAAACCUCCUUCCAUGGCUUUUGCUGAGGCAUGGGGUUCCUUACAAAUGCUCUAUCAAAAGUGAAGUUGCACCCCCCAGCCUCUGUUUGCCAGUAGAUAAAAGAUAAUGAUUUUUGCUAGUGGAAUUCAGUAAGUCCAUGCAGACUAAACCCGCACGUCUAUAAACGCUGUUUGGCUACUGAAGUCAGUUAAGAUAGAAUAAAAGGAAAGCUAAUUUAUACUUCGGUUAUGGAACAGAAACUUCUGUCUUCCAGUUCGCUGUUCUAUGCUUAAUAUUAAAAACCUGCAAAGUUGCAAAAAUACUGCUAUCCACUGCCACUCCAAAGCUUUUUUUACGUAUUAGUUGCUUUCAGGAUCUGGAGUAAUUUAGUACGGAAGAAACCCUUUAUCUCAAUUUUAAGUUGCCGUCGGACUCCAUCCUAAGAACUGUGACGUGGGAAGUACACAAUAUACGAUUUACUCGUACGAAUCACUGCUUGAAAAACUUCCAGUACAAAGUUAUCUAAAGACUCAAAAAUGCCUCCACGACCAUCAUCUGGUGAACUAUGGGGCAUCCACUUGAUGCCACCGAGGAUCCUUGUGGAGUGUCUUCUCCCAAAUGGAAUGAUAGUGACUCUGGAAUGCCUCCGUGAGGCCACCUUACUAACUAUUAAACACGAGCUCUUUAAAGAAGCGAGGAAAUACCCUCUCUAUCAGCUCCUUCAAGAUGAAUCUUCUUACAUUUUUGUAAGUGUUACACAGGAAGCAGAAAGAGAAGAAUUUUUUGAUGAAACACGGAGACUUUGUGACCUGCGACUAUUUCAGCCUUUCCUAAAAGUCAUUGAACCAGUAGGUAACAGAGAAGAAAAGAUUCUCAAUAGAGAAAUAGGUUUUGCUAUUGGCAUGCCUGUCUGUGAAUUUGACAUGGUUAAGGAUCCCGAAGUACAAGACUUCAGAAGAAAUAUUCUUAAUGUUUGCAAAGAAGCAGUGGAUCUCCGAGAUGCCAAUGCACCACACAGCAGAGCAUUAUAUGUCUGUCCUCCAAAUGUGGAGUCUUCAUCUGAGCUACCCAAACACAUAUACAAUAAACUUGAUAAAGGGCAAAUCAUAGUGGUGAUAUGGGUAAUAGUCUCACCAAACAACGAUAAGCAGAAAUACACCUUAAAAAUCAAUCACGACUGUGUGCCUGAGCAAGUUAUUGCUGAAGCAAUAAGGAAGAAAACGCGAAGUAUGUUGCUGUCGUCUGAACAACUGAAACUUUGCGUCUUGGAGUACCAGGGCAAAUAUAUUUUAAAAGUAUGUGGCUGUGAUGAAUACUUGCUAGAAAAAUACCCUCUGAGCCAGUAUAAGUAUAUAAGAAGCUGUAUAAUGCUCGGCCGCAUGCCCAAUCUGAUGCUGAUGGCGAAGGAAAGCCUGUAUACCCAGCUGCCACUGGACACUUUUACAAUGCCGUCUUAUUCCAGGCGUAUCUCUACAGCUACGCCCUACAUGAACGGAGAAGCUACAGCCAAGUCCCUCUGGACUAUAAACAGUGCUCUCAGAAUAAAAAUCCUCUGUGCAACCUAUGUAAAUGUGAACAUUAGAGACAUAGACAAGAUCUAUGUUAGAACAGGUAUCUACCAUGGAGGGGAACCUUUGUGUGACAAUGUGAAUACUCAGAGGGUACCUUGUUCUAAUCCCAGAUGGAAUGAAUGGCUACUGUAUGAUAUGUACAUUCCUGACCUUCCCCGUGCAGCUCGGCUCUGCCUUUCUAUCUGUUCUGUUAAAGGCCGGAAGGGUGCUAAAGAGGAGCACUGUCCAUUGGCUUGGGGAAAUAUAAACAUGUUUGAUUACACAGACACUCUUGUAUCUGGGAAAAUGGCUUUGAAUCUUUGGGCAGUACCUCAUGGGCUGGAGGAUUUGUUGAAUCCUAUUGGUGUUACUGGAUCGAAUCCAAAUAAGGAAACUCCAUGUUUAGAGCUGGAAUUUGAUUGGUUUAGCAAUCCUGUAAAGUUUCCAGAUAUGACGGUGAUCGAAGAACAUGCCAAUUGGACUAUAUCGCGUGAACUGGGGUUUAACUACAGCUAUGCGGGGCUGAGUAACAGAAUAGCUAGAGAUAACGAAUUAAGAGAAAGUGACAAGGAGCAACUGCGAGCCAUCUGUACGAGAGAUCCGUUGUCUGAGAUCACUGAGCAAGAGAAGGACUUCCUCUGGAGCCAUAGACACUAUUGCGUGAAUACUCCAGAAAUUCUGCCCAAAUUACUUCUGUCUGUUAAAUGGAAUUCUAGAGAUGAAGUGGCCCAGAUGUACUGUUUGGUGAAAGAUUGGCCUCCAAUCAAGCCAGAGCAAGCAAUGGAGCUUUUGGACUGCAAUUAUCCAGAUCCAAUGGUGCGAGCUUUUGCAGUUCGGUGUCUAGAGAAGUACUUGACAGAUGACAAACUGUCUCAGUACUUAAUCCAGCUAGUACAGGUUCUGAAAUAUGAACAGUAUUUAGAUAAUCAGCUUGUGAGAUUUUUACUCAAGAAAGCACUGACCAAUCAAAGGAUAGGACACUUCUUCUUCUGGCAUUUAAAGUCUGAAAUGCACAAUAAAACUGUAAGUCAGAGGUUUGGUUUGCUUCUGGAGUCCUAUUGUCGAGCAUGUGGAAUGUACCUAAAGCAUCUGAGCAGGCAGGUGGAGGCUAUGGAGAAGUUGAUUAACCUCACAGAUAUUCUCAAGCAGGAAAAAAAAGAUGAGACCCAGAAGGUACAGAUGAAGUUUCUUGUUGAACAAAUGAGACGGCCAGAUUUUAUGGAUGCCUUACAAGGUUUUAUCUCUCCUCUUAACCCUGCGCAUCAACUGGGAAAUCUUCGGCUUGAGGAGUGCAGGAUAAUGUCAUCUGCAAAAAGGCCCCUGUGGUUGAACUGGGAAAACCCAGAUAUAAUGUCUGAAUUGUUAUUUCAGAACAAUGAGAUAAUCUUUAAAAAUGGAGAUGACUUGCGUCAGGACAUGCUGACACUACAGAUAAUUAGAAUUAUGGAAAACAUCUGGCAAAAUCAGGGUCUUGAUCUUCGGAUGUUGCCUUAUGGUUGUUUGUCUAUUGGUGACUGUGUGGGUCUCAUCGAGGUGGUGAGGAGCUCUCAUACGAUCAUGCAGAUUCAGUGUAAAGGAGGCUUAAAAGGAGCGCUGCAGUUCAACAGCCAUACGCUGCAUCAGUGGCUCAAGGACAAGAACAAAGGAGAAAUGUACGAUGCAGCUAUUGACUUGUUUACACGUUCUUGUGCUGGCUACUGUGUUGCUACCUUUAUCCUGGGCAUUGGUGAUCGCCACAACAGCAACAUCAUGGUAAAAGAUGAUGGACAACUGUUUCACAUUGACUUUGGGCACUUCCUCGAUCACAAGAAGAAAAAAUUUGGUUAUAAAAGGGAGCGUGUGCCAUUUGUCUUAACACAAGACUUCUUAAUAGUGAUUAGUAAAGGAGCCCAAGAAUGUACCAAAACAAGGGAAUUUGAAAGGUUUCAGGAGAUGUGUUAUAAGGCUUAUCUAGCAAUUCGGCAGCAUGCCAAUCUCUUUAUUGCAUACAUUCGAAAGACCCUUGCAUUGGACAAAACCGAGCAGGAAGCUCUUGAGUACUUCAUGAAGCAAAUGAAUGAUGCUCACCAUGGUGGCUGGACAACAAAAAUGGACUGGAUCUUCCACACAAUAAAGCAACAUGCUUUGAACUGAAAUGAGUGCAAAGACAACAAGAACUGAUAGCCCGCUUUGUGGGUACUGCACUGUUCAUACCCGUUAGCAGCAAAGACUGGUUGCAUAGGAAUUGCACAAACCACGAACAACAUUAGAAUUUAUGGCAAGAAAAGAGAUGAACUGUUCAGACAACUGUCAAAAAAUAAUGUAAAACAGGGUUUCAGAUAGCACUAAAAUUGUACACCUCAAAAAUUAAGCUUUAGUAUGAUGUGUGACUUCAUGUUAUGCCUUAAGCCCAAAAAGGUAAACUUGGAAGAAUGUUUCCUUUUUUCAUUUGAUAGGAUAAAUUAGAAGGAAAAGGAAAAUAGUGCUAGCAUGAACAUAGAGUCCAUCACAUAUUACGUUAGAUCUGGUACAGCAGGUAGAGACUAUGCUGGGAUUGAGAAGCACGGAAAGAGAAUUGGAGUGAUAGCGAAUAUUUAAAUGCAGCAUAGUUUGAAGGGAAGGAGUUUUCAGUUCAGAGAUCUAAAAACAAUAGUGAGAGGACAGUGCCUUCUAAAUGUGCUCAGAGGCAUUAACAUUUAUGGUGUUUAAUGACCCUUUGAUUUCUGGGUCUGUCAUCUGCAGAGUUUCUGAAAGCAGUAGGAAAUAGGCCCAUUCACUACGGUGUUUCUUCUGCUCAGUAUUUCUAGGGGUGCAAUUCAUACCUUCACAAAGAAACUCCUUGCCAUCCCCCAAAACUGACUAACCUGGAAACUGAAUGGUCAGAAUUGGGUUUAGUGCAACAGAGAGUUGUAGUGUUCAUCUUAGGUUUGCUUUAAUCUAACUUGAACUGAAUAGAUUUUUUUCAUACAUGUUUUCCAGAACCUAAAGAAAGGUGAGUUAUUAAAAUUAUUGAAAGAUUAUUUUUUUAUAAAGGCUAUUUAUAUAAUAGGAACUAUUAUUAAUAUAUAUUCUUUAUUUACAUGAUUUGUCCAAUAUUCACUCUUUUAAUUUUGCAGCCCAGUUCUAUCUGUCCAAGACUCACGUUUCCACUAACGUCACUGAAGGUGACCAGAUAUACUCCUAGGACCAAAUUCAACCCUGGUGAGAGAGGACACAAGUACCAUUGAAGUAGUGGGCGAUACACCCACUAAUGCCAGAGCUGAACUUGGCCUAAGUCUCUUCAAAAAUUUUUGGGCGUCACUCUUCACAUUACUGAAGUGAUAUGCUGGCUAUUCAAGGAACGUACUCGAUCUUUGGGUCCACCAUUUCUCCUCUUUCUUCCUCCUUUGGAAGUGGUUGUUUAAUCCAGUAACAGAUACAUCAGAAAUAGCAAUUUAGAUUUUCGAUACGAUCAAUCAUAAGCAGUUCAACAUACAGCAGAUACGCUGGCUAGCUCAAAGCAUGUGGAGUUACCAAACAUUUUAUAGCUUCGUCUGUUUUGUGUGUGUGUGUAAUAUAUAUUUGUAAAUCUAGUUGUUGUCCUCUAACACAAUUACGACGUGUGCAAUCAACUAAAUUGGCACCACUUUUUGAAACUGUUCAGAGUAUUGAGGAUUUCGGAUUGCCCUUAUGCACAACUUCAGGUAGGACUGUUUUUCUAAUUGUUAAACAGUUUUUUGGUUUUUUUAAUUAGUGAAGCCCAUGAUUCUGAGGGCUGUGUUCACCCUAACAUUUUAAACUUGCUAGGUUGGCAGCACUUGGAGUGAACUCUGAAGGUCUGGGGCUUUUGGGGGUUCAGCUCGUUCACUUGCAAACACGCACCAAGGUGCCACUCAGAAAGUGCAAUACCACAUGUAAUAUAAAAUAUGCUGACAGCUGGUGUUAGACUAGAAUAUAAAUAGAUAAAUUGUACUUUGUGCAGGCUGUACUGAUGAGGUAAUGAGUGGUUGGCUUCAUUUAGCAAAUUGUAAUAUAUUAAAAAAAUGUGCAAUCGAUUACAUUAUGAAAGACUUCGGGGAUUGUAAAGCCGAGACUUGGUCUUUCAAGACACUUUCAUAGUCAAGGUCCUGCAGUUGAUCGCUGCACACAUGGAUACUUGAUGUUGUGGGGGGGAAAACCUGUUUUUGUGAAAACUACAGAGGUUCUAAGAGUAGUAUGGGGAAUGUGAAGUUUUAUUUCCUUAGUUCUACUAAAUAUUUUGGAGUUGUCCAAUAAGACUUCCCAUUGCUCUUCUUACUGACUGUUACAUAUUCAUUUCUGUUCAUACGAAUACUUUAACUCCUGCUGACCUUGGUCAUACUUCUAGAGCAAAACUACCGUUGUAUGUAUUACUUUGCAGUCAACACACUCUAAUGGCUUAGGUCUUUUAAAACAUGGCUUAGUUUCAGUUUAAAUUUGGUUCACAAAAUCUGAAACCCUGUUGGCCGUAACUCUUCAGUUAAGCGAGUGAAACUUGUGCAAAUGCCAUGUUAGGUGCUAUAUUAUCCUUAUUUAUCUGGUAUUGAAACAAUGCUUUACCUCGUUUAUCUAAGAGAUGGGUCAGCCUUUUCCAGCCUGGAUGAAAAGAUCAACUCAAAUCUAUUGGAUGUUAUGAGCCGAACUUCUCUUGUACUUUGCCCUUUCCUAGCCAUUUACUUCUGUAAAUACAAGUAUGAAUGUCUUUUGGUUCAAGCAUACGGUGUUCUGCACCCUUUUUGCAUACACAGAAAGGUGUGAGGAAUCAGGCUCAGUUUCCAAACGUUGCUGCAACUAAAUGCUGUGCAUAAGCUGUAGAAGUUAUUAUGAACGUCAGAUAGUAAAAGAAAGGAAACUUCAUAGUGAUGCAGACAUAAUAUGAUUUGGGGUAGUUAUAGCCCUGAAAUAAAAAAAAAAGAGGAGAAGCUCACAGUCUUUAAGCAGCUGUUCUUGCCAUAACCAGGAUGGGCAUCUGAAAAACAUCAGGCCAGUGUUUCAGGGGAAAAGAAACCCAACCUUUUUAAGCUUCACAGUGUUCAGUCCUGAUCACCUUAUCCUGCUAUGCCAGCCCUGUGCUGCGUAACUGCCCCGAAGAUGGUGCAGGUACUAUUUACUCACCGUGGUGUAAGUGAGAGGAUGCCGUCUGUUCUCGGCAUCGGAAAUAAGAUCUGCUUACAGACUGUGAAAGCACCUGUAGCCAAGCGCUAGAUUUUUGGAUUUUUACAGGCAUUGCUUGGAAUUUGGAUUUUUAUUUUUGAAGUAUUCCCACUUCAUGGAGAUUUGAAAGCGUUCCCUUUGUUCUGAGAGUUGGCUGCACAAAACACUACGUAGCUUAUUUUGAGCUUGAAUUGAAUCUGAACGCCUUGCUCCUGCAAAACUGUAGGGCUGCCAGAGCAAGGAGCCCAGGGCUGGGCCAUGUGUUUUACUACAAAGCAUUAAGAAAUGGUGAUUUAGUGAAAUGCAAAUUUAAAACCAGUAACUCUUUCAACUGUGGAGCUCUUUGAUGUCAUGACAGAACAGGCUGCUGCUGCUUAGCUUUGCUUAAAAAUACAUUCUUUGCUUUCCUAAAGGUGGCAGAAAAAGCACCUGUACUGACUUCAUGUGCACGCUCUUCUGUUCCGAAGGGUGCAUUGGUAGUUUUUUUUCACAGGUGAAACGGACUUUCAGUAUCGGUUUUAAAAUAAAAAGCAUUUAAAUAAACCAGAAAUUGUUAGUGGUUUGGCAUCUUGUGGAGAAGAUACAAGCCUGCGUAUCAAGGGCAAUAGAGAAGUUACCAAGCUUGUAGAGAAUGUUGUUUGUGAUGACCCCGCUGGUGGUGUUUGGAGGGUUGUUUUGGGGUAUUUUCUGACUUUCCUGU